GCAUCCUGCAGACUGCUGGACCGCCGGCGAGGGGAAGUUUGCUUCCUGCGAAAUUCAACCUCCUCUCCGCGAAAGGGAGAAUGAGCCGACCACUGAGGUCGAAGCUGGAGAGCUUGCAGUGCCAUUUCACCUGGGAUUUUGAGAUCAAGGACAAGGUGGAUGCAUUGCACAUCCUGCAGACUCUGGCCCCACAGGCCCAGCACACCCCACACCGCAAUCGAGGCACCUACCUUGCCAUGAGGGCCUACCUGCAGGACUUCCAGGGGAACUACGAGGAGGCCCUGGACAGCCUCCGAGAAGCAGAGGGGGCUCUGAAGCGGGACCACCCCGCCAACUUCUCCCGCCAGGCCCUGGUGACCUACGGCAACUACGCCUGGGUCUACUACCACUUGAUCAAUUACGACAUGGUGGACCUCUACCUGGGACGCAUCCACGACAUCUGCCGCUCCUUGGCCAGCCCGGAGGCUUACUCUGCGAUGAUCCCCGAAAUCCACGCUCAGAAAGGCUGGUCCCUCCUGGCCGGGGGCUUCCGGAACGGGGACGAGGCCGCAGAAUGUUUCCGCAAUGCGCUGGAGGCGGAAGCGUCCAACGAGGAGUUCCAGGCCGGACUGGCCGUCUCCGCUUAUGCCUCCUAUACUCAUUCCUGGGCUGCCGAACAACGGGAAGAAGCCCAGAAGUUGCUGGAAGAAGUUGUUACCCGCCAGCCUCAGAACUACGAAGCCAAAGCUUAUUUGGCUCGGGCACUUGAGAGGGAGGACGUGGAAAGAGCGCUCUGCCUCGCGGACGAUGUUGCCCAGGAGAGCGUGAACCCCGAAGUACUCCGAACCAUCUCCAGGCUGUACAAGCCGCAAUCCCUUCCCCGUGCCAUUUCCAUUCUGAAGAAGGCCAUCGUCCUAGAUCCCGGCUACCAUCUCCCACACCACGACCUUGGCAUGUGCUACCUGACGCAGUUGGAGAGCUCUCCAGGUGACGUCGGAGGAGAAGUCGUCGAGGCUGCCAUCGAGAGCUUCAAGCGCUCUCUGGAGAUGGAUCCUUUCUCCAUCUUCUCUCGGCUGAAGCUGGCGAAGGUUUACGGCGAGAGGUCGCCGGCUUACGAGGAAGAGAUCUACCUGAACCUGAUGGAGGAGCUCCCGGGAGCUAGCAAGAGAUGCCAGCAGUCCAUCUACAUACACUGGGGGGACUUCCUCCUCCACAAGAAGGGGAUGAGGAACCAGGCCCUAGAGAUGUACCAGGCAGCCGCCAGGAUACCCGGAGACCACGCACUUGAGAGGAAGCAGCUGGAAACUCGCCUGAAGAACCUGGCGAGGAUUUUCAAGGAAGGCGGAGAAAUGGACCAAGCGAGAGCUGUCUACAGCUUCCUUAAAGAAACGGGGCUUCAGGUUACGAGUCAACGGGCCGGAUCGCGGAGAAGGGGUUCCUGGCGAGAGAAUGGCAGGGCCCAGCAGUGAAGGACCUCCACACACACACACAUUUGCAAAGAGGCAGGGGGUUGUGGCUCUUUCCUUCCAGUUUCGAAGAGGCUCUGA